AUGACAGUUCCCAUCGAGGAUAGCUUCGAUUUCAUCGUGGUUGGCGGCGGCACUGCUGGCAAUGUGGUUGCCGGUCGGCUGGCAGAGAAUCCCGACGUAAAAGUGCUGGUCAUUGAAGCAGGUGUUAGCAACCCCAGUGAAAUCUCAGAGAUCUCCACGCCGGCAUCUGCCUUUGGGCUGCGUGACAGCCAGUAUGACUGGGCCUACAAGUCAACCCUGAUCAACAAGCCGUACUAUGAACGCGUGGAGAAGCCCAAUACCCGCGGUAAAGUCCUUGGUGGCAGUAGCUCUUUAAACUACUACACCUGGAUCAGGGGAAGUAAGGGGACCUUCGAUGCUUGGUCCGAGUAUGGAGGGCCUACCUGGAACUGGGAUGAGUGCAAAGAAUACUUUGACAAGCCUGCUUCUUAUCAUGACGAUGAUAAUCUCUAUCCCGCGGAGCUGUCCAAGAUCGGCCGCAAUGGUCCUCUUCAUGUGUCCCAUGCGGACCUUGUUCCCGAACUGCAUACCUUCCGUGACGCUCUUUCUGCAGCGUGGACCAGCAAAGGCCAAAGAAUCAACGAGGAUAUAUACUCUGGGAAGAUGGAGGGUCUAACACACUGUGUCAACAGUAUUUACAAGGGUGUGAGAUCGACCAGCGCAUCCUACCUAACUGACAAGCCGAAUGUGACAAUCCUUAGCUCCGCAAUUAGCAAGAAGAUCAACUUUGACGAUGAUAGAGCAACAAGUGUCACUGUCUCAAACGUUAAUGGCUCCGAGCUAACACUCACGGCAAAGCAUGAGAUUAUCAUCGCGUGCGGAGUUUUCGAGACACCGAAACUUCUGAUGCUCUCAGGUAUCGGUCCAAAAGAUGAGCUAGAUCGACAUGGCAUUAACCCAGUCGUACACUCUGAGCAUGUCGGUCAGAACCUCGUCGACCAUCCCAUUCUUGCUCACGUUUUCCGUCUCAAGGAUGGCACUGGCCUUGACAGCCAUCUUCUCCGCGCUGGCGCUGCCCACAGCGCAGCGGUGCAAAAAUACCGCACCAGCAAACAAGGUCCCUUCAGUAGUGGACUAUUGGAAAUGGUAGGCCUGCCGCGAAUCGAUAGCCGCUUAGAGCGAUACAAGGACUAUCGCGACGCGAAGGCUCAGAAUGGUGGUUUGGAUCCAUUCGGACCAGAAGGACAGCCGCAUUUCGAGAUUGAUUUCGUGCCGAUGUUCUCCGACGCCUUCCAAUGGCACUUCCCCAUCCCCCCCGAGGGGGACUGGCUAACCGUCAUCGUGGACCUUCUUCGCCCAUUGUCCAAGAACGGGGAAGUGAAGCUCAACUCGGCUGAUCCACUCCAACAGCCAUAUAUUAAUCUGAACUUCUUUUCCAACGAGCUCGACAUCCUGGCCUUGCGGGAGGGGGUCCGCUUCAUCGACGAUAUUCUCACGACUGGUGAUGGGAUGAAGGAUAUUAUCGGGGAGGACUACCCUUGGCCGAUGCCUCGACAUUCAGAUGAAGCCAUGAACAAGACGAUUUUGGAGAGAUCGCAGACUGGAUACCACCCCUGCGGCACGGCCCGUCUGUCCAAGGAUAUUGGUCAGGGCGUCGUGGACCCAGAGCUUCGCGUCCACGGCGUGAAGAAUCUUCGCGUCAUCGAUGCGUCAAUUAUUCCUGUGAUUCCUGACUGUCGAAUUCAGAACGCCGUGUAUAUGAUUGGAGAAAAGAUCCAGGGUCACGUGUGGCUCGCCUAUCUGUCAGCUCCAGGCAGUCUUAUCAAAGCAAUUGGAGGCCUAAAAUGUUGCCCCUCCAUCUAUAUACCAGACAUAUACCAGACAACGAAGGAGCACAUUUCACUCACCAACAUGGAUCCCACUCCCACUACCAACUCGGAGGUCAUCUUUGGCAGCUGUCUCUGCGGCGGAAUCCAGUAUGAAAUCAUCGGCCAGCCGAUCAAGCGAGUCCUCUGUCACUGCGACAAUUGUCGCAAAACGACCGGAUCCAGCUUUAUGGCGAAUAGUAUUGUGAUGCAGUCGGUAUAG